GGAGCAAACAAGCAGGGCCGGGUCUCGUGAGACUGACACAGAGAGGGCACAGGGACGGCAGGCACCUGGAGUUUGAUUUCCCUGUUGGAGCGGAGACCCUCGAGGAUCCUGUGAGUCCUACCUCACUCUGAAAAACCACUGGAGAGGAACAUCUCGAUAAUCACAGUUUGACUGGAGCGCUAAUCCCCAAACAUCUGACACAAUUAUACCCAUUAACACAGCUACUUUCUGUGAUCUGCAGAGUCCUUGGGGGCUUAGGAGUUGUCCAACUGAGUAACUUUAAUAUACAAAAUCUGCCACCUUCUAUCUGGAGAUCUUCCUGGCGAGAGAUGCAUGCUGCAAGAGGUGUGUGUGUGUAGCGUGAGCGAGAGCCAUCGCUGCGUGUGUGUGUGUGUGUGUAUGUGUGUGUGUGUGUGUGUGUAUGUGUAGAGAGAGAGAGAGAGAGACAGAGACCGAGCCCCUCACACGGAGCAUGCCUCUGCGUCCGGCAGCCGGCAAACAUGAGCCACCCAGCCCUCCACGGCAGGACCAGCAGCAGCAGCAGCACACACACACACACUCACACACACUCACACACCCUUACACACACGCAGCAAACGGCAGCCAGGGGGCCAGCACUGACAGCGGCAGCUCCCGGGAAGAGGACAGCGGCAUUCCCAUUCCUGUCGGUGUUCCUGCUUUCCGUCCCGGUACAGAGCGGAGCACCAGUGCAAGGGGACCCAUGGAGGAACCGACAGGCAACACGGUGGUCAUCCGCAUUGGAAUCCCAGACCUACAACAGACGAAAUGCAUGAAAUUCAACGUGGAUGCUCCUAUCUGGCUGUCCAAACAGAGGAUCCUGUGUACUCUGAACCAGAGCCUGAAGGAUGUACUCAACUACGGCCUCUUCCAGCCGGCUUACAACGGAAAGGCUGGCAAGUUUCUGGAUGAGGAAAGACAGCUGAGGGAAUACCCCUUCCCUUCUAUCGCUCCUGUACCUUACCUGGAGUUCCGCUAUAAGAGGCGUGUCUACACUCAAAGUUACCUGGAUGACAAGCAGCUAUCUAAACUUCACACCAAGGCGAACUUGAAGAAGUUUAUGGAAUAUGUUCAGCAGAGGAACAUUGAAAAGGUCUCAAAGUUUCUGGAAAAAGGCCUGGAUCCCAACUUCCAUGAUCCAGACACAGGAGAAUGUCCUCUAACACUAGCGUCUCAGCUGGAGGGCUGUGCGGAGCUCAUCAAGGUGCUGAAGAAUGGAGGGGCGCAUCUGGACUUCAGAACAAAAGAUGGCAUUACUGCCCUGCACAAGGCCGUGCGCACCAAGAACCAUACAGCUCUCAUAACCCUGUUGGACUUGGGUGCAUCACCUGACUACAAGGACAGUCGGGGGCUGACCCCUCUCUACCACAGCUCCAUGGUGGGAGGAGACCCCUACUGCUGUGAGCUGCUGCUGCACGAUCAUGCACAGGUCGGCUGUGUGGACGAGAACGGCUGGCAAGAAAUACACCAGGCAUGUCGCCAUGGUCAUGUGCAGCACCUGGAGCACCUGCUGUUCUACGGAGCUGACAUGAGCACCCAGAAUGCAUCUGGAAACACCGCCCUGCAUGUGUGUGCUCUCUACAACCAGGAUAGCUGUGCACGAGUUCUCCUGUUUCGAGGGGCCAAUAAAGAGAUAAAGAACUACAACAGCCAGACUGCCUUUCAGGUGGCAAUUAUAGCAGGAAAUUUUGAUCUCGCUGAAAUCAUAAAGCUCCACAAACCAUCAGAUGUUGUGCCUUUCAGGGAGACGCCCUCCUACACCAACCGUCGGCGUGUGAUGCCCGGCCCCCUGCCCUCGCCACGCUCCUUGCUCCGCUCCGCUAGCGACAACAACCUGAAUGGGGACCACGAUCAUGGCCACAUUCAGGGCCCUCGAGAGAUUCGCGGACGCCAGGGCCAUUCGCCUGUCCCCUCGCUGCGCAGCCUGCCAGCUCUGGGGCAGCAGCACAGCAGCCUUGGAGAGAGCCGUCAUGGGGAUGUCCCAGAUAGCAGUCUCCAGAGUACAGGCAGCUCCAGGUCAUCCCAUUCCCGCUCCCCAUCCCUACAUCACAUGCACGAGGAAGACAAGCCGGUCCCCAGAAGGUCCCAAAGCCAUGGCUACCCCCACGGACAUGGCCCUCGUGGAAGACUCAGCCCCGGCUCAGUGCAACGAGACCCAAGCCCCCCUCAUCACACCCCUCCAGCCCUGACAGGCCCCCGCGGGCCCAAACGGAAACUCUACAGUGCUGUCCCGGGACGUACCUUCAUUGUGGUCAAGCCCUACACGCCACAGGGGGAGGGAGAGAUCCAGCUGAACCGCGGAGAGAGGGUCAAAGUGCUGAGUAUAGGGGAAGGAGGUUUCUGGGAGGGCACAGUCAAAGGGAGGACAGGAUGGUUCCCAGCAGACUGUGUGGAAGAAGUUCAAAUGAGGCAGUAUGACCCACGGUUAGAGACUCGGGAGGACCGCACCAAGAGACUGUUCAGACACUACACUGUGGGAUCCUACGACAACUUCACCUCAUACAGUGACUAUAUCAUAGAGGAGAAGAACGCUGUGUUACAGAAGAAAGAAAAUGAGGGAUUUGGUUUUGUACUGCGGGGGGCCAAAGCCGAGACGCCCAUUGAAGAGUUCACUCCCACUCCAGCGUUCCCCGCCCUGCAGUACCUGGAGUCUGUGGACGUGGAGGGGGUGGCCUGGAGGGCGGGCCUGCGGACAGGAGACUUCCUCAUCGAGGUGAACGGGGUGAAUGUGGUGAAGGUGGGCCACAAGCAGGUGGUGUCUUUAAUCCGGCAGGGGGGUAACAGGCUGCUGAUGAAGGUGGUCUCUGUCACCCGCAAGCCCGAGUCUGAAGAAGUUGUGCGCAAGAAAGCUCCCCCGCCACCCAAGAGGGCUCCCAGCACCACCCUGACCCUGCGCUCCAAAUCCAUGACUGCUGAGCUGGAGGAACUGGCUUCUGCUCAGAGGAGAAGAGGAGAGAGGCUAGAUGAGAUGUUGGCAUCCCAGGAGCCUAUGUUGCGUUCUCAGCCCUCGGAGGCAGAUUACAGAGCAGCCACUGUCAAACAACGGCCUACCAGCAGGAGAAUAACACCAGCAGAGAUCAGCUCACUGUUUGAGAGACAGGGUAUGACUCUACAUGGAGGGCUUCACCCAGGCAUGGAGAGAGGUCAUAUACCACUACCCAAAGGGAUGUCCAGGACCAAGUCUUUUGGUGCCACUGAGGAGGAUCGCCUGUCUGCCCUGGCAGGGGAACACCGCUUCCCCCGCAGCUCCUCAAUGACGGAUAGCCUCCGAGACCACUCCCAGUCUCAUUCCAUCCCUCCUCCUCCUCAAACGGCACCCCCACCUCCUCCCUCAAUCUACUACCUAGACACUGGCCCUCCACCCACCUUCUGCCCGCCUCCUCCCCCAUCCAGAGCUCACAGUCAGGGCCAUGAGCCUGGAGGUCGUUCCAGCUUCAAGCCCUCCUCCCUGGACCUUCCCUACGAGGCUGCCCAGCGGCAGGCCUCGCACAUUGAGAGGCAGAAGAAAGCCCGCUCUAUGAUCAUCCUCCAGGACUCCUCCCAUCUUCCUGUAGAACCCACAGAAAUACCCCGGCCCUCUGCUGCUACUCCACCUGAGCGGAUCAAAAGGAAGGGUCGUGUGAUUGACAACCCAUAUGCCAAUGUGGGGCAGUUUAGUAUUGGACUAUACACGCCUACCAAGCCCCAGAGGAAAAAAAGCCCCCUAGUCAAACAAUUACAGGUGGAAGAUGCACAAGAAAGAGCUAGUUUGGCCUUAGCUGCUGCCCACUCCCGAGAGACCUCACCCUCAGGACGACACCCGCACACCCAUGGGCACACACACACCAGCCGUGCAGAUUACUACCAGCAGCAGCUGAUAGCAGAGCGAGAACGUGUGCGUGCCCAGGGAGAGGUUCUGCUUCAGGGGAAGGGCCCCUUUGCUGCUGCUAUCGCUGGAGCAGUGAAGGACCGUGAGCGCCGCCUAGAAGAACGGAGGAAAUCCACUGUCUUCCUAUCUGUUGGGACCAUGGAGGGGGCAUCCACAGCCAGCCCCGAGGCCCCCUCCCUGACUCAGUCUCGCUCCAUAGAUGAACGGAUGCUCACCCGGGAGUUGGGACAGCUGCCUCCCCCUGCCUUGGCCCUGAGCCCCUCACCAAGUGGGACCACCUUCAUCCAUCCGCUCACAGGAAAGCCCCUGGACCCCAACUCACCGCUGGCUCUUGCGCUGGCCGCAAGGGAGAGGGCACUGACCUCUCAGAGCCAGUCCCCAUCCAGCAGCCCAGAGCCCAGGACUAAACAGGAGCGGGCUGGCCAAAGUGGAAUAUUCAUCGACACCCAGACCAAAGAGUCUCAACAAGGGGAAGGGGGCACUGCAUCUCCCCCCUUCUCCCCCCAGACCGCCAAGGCAGUGGGGUAUGGAGUUGGACCUGCACCGGGGACUAUGUUAGCCCACCAGCCCACCAAACCCCAGUGGGCCACGUCACCCUCACCUGUAUCAUUUCGACAGGAGAUGGAGGGAAGAGCAGAGGAGAGGAAGGAGGAGAAGAGAGCAGAGGAUAAGAAGAGCAUGUUGAUCAGUAUUAUGGAUACAUCACAGCAGAAGACAGCAGGUCUCAUCAUGGUCCAUGCUACCAGUAAUGGCCAAGCUGUAGGGGUGGAUUCAGAGGUAGAACAGACACCUGCCCCAACAGCUGCUGAGUCAAGCAAACCUCCAAGUCCCCGGGCUAAAUCGCCCAGUCCCACGAUCUCCCAGCCCCAGCCCCAGGCCCAGGCCCAGGCCCAGGCUCAGCGUCCUGCCAGCCCAGCCCAGGAGAAGAGUUUGGCUCAGGGCAGCUCAGAGGAGGAUGUUGAUCCUUACACAGUGACCCUGCCACCUGCCAUGUUGUCCUCCAGUGACGAGGAAACAAGAGAGGAGCUGCGUAAGAUUGGAGUAGUGCCCCCACCAGAUGAGUUUGCUAAUGGGCUGCUGGCACAGGCACAGGCACAGGGGACACCCACGUCCCCAACUAAACCCGCCACCUCUCCCAUUACCCCUUCAACACCUACACCCCAAACCCCCUCAACCCCAACAACUCCCAGUUUGACCCCCACCCAGCCUCAGCCUCCUCAGCCCCCACCUCCACCCAGUGCAGCCGCCGUCUCAGGGAAGCCCUCUGAACCUCUGGAGCCCCCGCCGGUGGGGGAGUCCGGCUCUGCGGCCGACUCAGGUGUGGAGGAGGCUGAUACGCGCAGCUCCAGCGAGAGAGAGCGAGACCACCAUCUCGAGACCACCAGCACCGUCUCCACGGUAUCAAGCAUGUCCACGUUGUCCUCGGAAAGUGGCGAGCCCGCCGACACACACACCACACACACCUCCUACGCCGACGGGCAGACCUUUGUGCUCGACAAACCGCCAGUGCCUCCCAAGCCCCGACUCAAGUCCCAGAUUGGAGGCAGUAAAGGCCCCGUUACCUUCAGGGACCCUCUGCUGAAGCAGAGCUCUGACAGUGAGCUGCUAUCACAGCAGCAGGCGGCUGCCCUGGCUGCUGCUGCAGCUGGUGGAGCUGGGCUGGCCUCAGGUGGAUCAGCCUCAGUGUCUGGACUAGCCCCCACCAGGCCGCGCUACCUCUUCCAGCGCAGGUCCAAGCUGUGGGGGGACCCGGUGGAGCCCCGUGGGCCUGGGUUGGGGCUAGGUAUUGGAAGUUUGGGUAAUCUAGGCGGGCUGGGGCUGGGGUUAGGUGCAGACGAGGGAGGAAAACCGUCUGUUAUGGGGGAGUUGAGUUCAAGGCUCCAGCAGCUAAAUAAAGACACUAGGUCGUUGGGAGAGGAGCCUUUAGGAGCAUCGCUGGAUCCAGGAAGGAAGUCACCUGUGGCAGGCGCCAGACUUUUCAGCAGCCUAGGAGAGCUCCACACCAUUUCUCAGAGAAGUUAUGGCACCACGUAUACCAUCCGCCCUGGAAGCCGUUACCCUGUUACACGACGCACUCCCAGCCCAGGUCCAGGCUCGCCUGAUCGGGGCGACCCUCUUGGGCGACUCCCGGGAUUCGGCCUACCGACCUCCCCGACUACACCACCACACACCAUCCUCAAGUCCUCCAGCCUCAGCCUGCCCCACGAGCCCAAAGAGGUCCGCUUCGUAAUGAGGAGCUCCAGCGCCCGUUCCCGCUCCCCAUCCCCCUCUCCCUCUCACUCCCCUGGGCUGGGGUCACCUCUCCUGGCCCUCAGACCCUUUCACCAGAAACCCCUCCACCUCUGGAACAAGUAUGACGUUGGAGACUGGCUGGAGAGCAUCAAUCUGGGGGAGCACAGAGCAGGGUUUCAGGAGCAUGAGAUCGAAGGCUCUCACCUCCCGGCUCUAACCAAGGAUGACUUUGCGGAGUUGGGCGUGACACGUGUUGGACACCGCAUGAACAUUGAACGAGCACUAAAACAGCUGCUGGAGAGCUGACCCCUGCCCUGAGACACAGCAAAAGAUGGAGAGAAGGAUGAAGAUAGAAAGGGAGAGAUAGAGAGAGCUGAUGAAAACAGGAAAAAAAGAGAGAGACCACUCCUCUUUUACUCUGGCUCUAUUUUUAUGUUUUGCAUUGCAAAUGUUUACCUUUGGUCCUUAGAUAAACUUUAUUUUCUUGUUCUGCAUUAAUACCCUGCACUUACAUCUGCUCUGCACUGAAUUUUGAGGGGAGGAGUCAAUACGUAGCUCCCCUCCCCCUGCGCUAACGUCUGCCCACCUCAUCGCCUGCAGUCAGUCAGACCAGACCUCCAAGUGGGUUCUAAGUCUUUCUUUGCAGAGGAGAAUCGCAUGAGCUCCAAUUAGAACAUUUGAUUUGUGAAAGCUUGUGUUGUUCCCUUAGUAACACCCACACAUUCUCCCACAGACCUUCGCUCCUCUCCUCUCUACCUCUGUCCCUCCAUCUAUUAGGCCUCUGAAAGCCUUUUACAGGUUUGAGUAAAGGAGGAGGAGGCAGAAUCUCAUUCCAAACAGAAAGCUCAGUUGCCUUUCAAAAUAUUUCUACAGAGAUCAACGACGAUGAACACAGGACUAUGGACAUAGUGCUGACACAGGUCUGACAAGGUGUGUCUUCUCUCUACCUGCUGUUGUUUUUAAACCGAAGACUUUUGAGCCCAGAGGUGGAGCUCCACAAAGUAAACCACAGGAGAAAACCCCUCCGCCUUGGAACCUAGACUGUGCUAUCUAUAAUAUUUGGAGAAUGUUUAACCAACACUCGUGGCUUUUUUCAUAAUCAAACAGUUUGUUUUUGGUUUUCCAAAGGGAAUAUUACAUAUAGAUAUGAUAUAAUAUGAUAUAUAUGUAUUUAAAUAGCUUUGAGAAGAAAAGACACAAUGUUGCAAAGAGGAAAUGUAAUAAAUAAAAAUGCGCCUGUCUUUGGUUUUAGUAUAGAGGGCAGAGAGAAAUCUUUAAAUUUAUUCAACCAAUAAUUUACUCAUUUCUACCAAUUAUAUACAUAUAUAUAUAUAUUUGAAAGAAAAAAGUAUAUAGAUAUAUGAAA